UUUGUUCUGUCAUUAUUAAUGCUUUGAUUCGCUCUCUUCUACAAAAAAGGUUUACAUCGUAUCGCAUGAAAUGAAAACUACAAGUCCCAGAAGAGGACCGAACCGCGAAUAUCUAGUAGGAAAGGGGAUAGUAACAUUUAAGUGGGUUUAUAAAUAAAUAAACAUAUAAAGAGCGAACAGUUUAUGGAUUCGAGUUUCUAAGAAGAGGGAGACAAUGAUAUUAUUAUUUCGGGUGACAGCGGAUUGUCCUGAUUGAACCGAAAGACGCGGUCUUCUCUGGACGGCGUCUUAAGUGCUGGCAGACAAUGGCUAAGCCUGGUAUGAGAUGGCUGCAGCAGCAGCAGAACCAGAAGACAACUGAACUAGCAAUUCCUCGGAAUCUGAGUUAUAUCUCAGGGAAGUACAAUAACGUACAACUGGCAGAAGGAUUUGGAGGAAGCAGUGGAGGGCAUCAGCCAACUGCCAUUCAGGUCCGACCACCUUCUCGGCAGGAGCACUCAAGCGUGAAACCACCCCAGCAAGGACCUCAAUGUGAGACUCAGCCUCGGACGAUUAUGAGGCGUAGGGCAAAAUCUCUGCCCACCUCUCCAGAGAGAGGCAGGAGCCUUUCUAAGGCAGGCAGACGACAGAAGGUUCGGUUUGCAGAUUGUCUUGGCUUGGAAUUAGAAGAAGUAAAGAUCUUCAAAACAGGGGAAGACCCUUCUGUUCCUUUUCAUGUGCUUUCAAGGCUCAUGCUUAGCUCUGAGCUAGCCUCAGGAAGAUAUUUGGAGAUCCCACUUCCUUACCUACAGACAGAUUUCUCCCAACAGCCAGGUGACCAGAGUGAUUUUAGGGAGAGACUAAUGCGACAGAGGGUUUGUCUGGAGAGAGUCCUCUGCUCAGAACUGGGAAUUUCAGGUUCUGUGCGUGUCAUUAACCUCUCUUUUGAGAAAGAGGUCAUUGUUCGAUACUCCUUUACUUCUUGGACUAGCAAUUCAGAUGUCAAAGCCUGGUGGGAUUCCAGUGGUCCUGUAGAUGGAGAUCCUGUGGGAGUAGAAAUUGACCAGUUUUGCUUUUGGAUACCUGUCCCUUCUUUUGUGUUGCAGCCUGGAAUGUCUUUGGAGUUUGCAAUAUGCUACCGAGUCAUGGGAUGUGAGUUCUGGGACAAUAAUGAUGGCAAAAACUACAGCUUGACCUGCCACAGCUAUAAAAUCACAGUGCCAAAAGAUUGUGAGGGCAGUCUUGUACACUUCAUGUAAUAAGUAAAAAAUAUAUUUUUGUCCUCCAAUAACAUCCAGUGAGAAUAUUUAAUAUGAAUUUUGUUCAUACAUACUUCUGCCUUGAUCUCGUCUGCACAAUUUUAAUUGGUAUAAGGUCUUUUCUACUGUAUGAAAUUUGUGAGCUAUAUAUGGCAGUCCUACCAUGGAAAAUAAAUAUUUUCUGUGUGAAAUGUAUUUAAUUUGUUUACCACACAAUAAGAUUGUAUGUAGUAGAUACACCUUUGGCAGCAGUUCCACCUCUGAAUCUGUGUGCACAGGUCUCUUUCUCUCUAUUGGCUUUUCACAUCUGGGCACUGUAGUUUUUUCCAUCAUUCUCCUUUGCAAAAAUAAUCAAGCUUUAUCAGAUUGCACGUAAACAGCCUUUUUGAAGUCCAGUUAUGAAUUCUCAAAUUAAUUGAGAUUUGGAGCCAUUCCUGGGUAGCUUUGGCUAUAUGUGUUUGGGGAUGAUGUCUUGUGGGAAAACAAAUCUUCAGUCAAGGUGCAGGUUUCUUGCUGACUGCAUCAGGUUUUCUUGUAUUUUUCUACAUUCAUUUUGCACUCUACUCUCACUAGCUUUAAAGGCUUAGCAGUGUCGAUGGUGUGUCUCUGAUAAUGUUCUUUGUUUGGCUUACACUAAGUUUGGUGUUUGGUCUGAAUGCCGUAAAGCUCAAGUUUGGUUUCAUCAGACUAUAGAACCUUCCUGUAGCAGACUUCAGAGUCUCCAAUUCAUUGUCUGGCAAACUCUAGCUGAGAUGUAAUGUUCUUUUUCAACAGUGUCUUUAUCUUCAUGGCAGGAUGGCAAUACAGAAAGCAUACCUUU